UAAAGCACUGGUUUCGAUAGCCGUCCGAAACUUUGGCUUCUCAACUAUGUCUUCUUCAGAAGAUAACAGUAUCAAAGAGCAACCACUGACCAAGAGAGCUAAGUUAGAUAAUCCGAAGGAUCAAACGGAGGGAGAGUUAGACGCAUUUGAAGACGUACUAUUCGACGGCACUACCAGACCCCAAGAUCUCAUCAAGCCGUAUCUGGAUGGUUUGAUACCUUACGUCAACGACACUGCGAAUCACACAGAUGAGUUAUACCAUGAGGACAAAGCGUGCGUGGUGGUGCGGGAUACAUAUAACAAGGCCCGCUGCCACAUGUUAGUGAUACCCAAACGAAGCAUAGAUGAGCCCAAGUGUCUGACAACUGCAGAUCUUCCUCUCCUCCAACACAUCCAUGAGCGAUCCCUGUGGGUGAUAGCCAAGAUGAAGAGAGACCAUCCUGAAUUAAGAGACGUGGGAUUCAGAGCGGGGAUACACGCCAUACCCAGUGUUAGGCAACUCCAUAUACACGUGAUAAGCCAAGACUUUGACUCCGAGCGACUGAAGAACAAAAAGCACUGGAAUUCCUUCACAACGGAAUACUUCAUCGAUACAGAUGAACUGUUGGCGAUGCUAAAGGCCAAGGGCGAAGUUAAGGUCGACAGUGAAAAGGUGCAGGCGGCUUUGAAACGGGAUAUGAAGUGCCACGUAUGCGACCAGCCGCUGAGGAAUAUUCCUCUGUUGAAGAAGCACAUCAAAACACACUUGCCAGCAAGUAUGACCACUGCACAGCCAGAGGAUGUGUAGUACUGCCAUAUAAGCCAAGUAUUGCGAACAGGAAUGCGGUGACAACAUACCUGUGACACUUGCCGGCAAGUAUGACCACUGCACAGCUAGAGGAUGUGUAGUACUGCCAUAU